GUCAUAUGUCACCUCGCAUUUCAUUAUUCGGUUUCAUAAAAACUAAAAGUAACAAGAAGGGCGGCGAGCGCUUACAAAAUCAUUAAAUUAUUCUUUCCUUGAUAGUCGGAGAUUAAGAUUUUAGUAAACAAAAAUGACAAGAGGAAAUCAAAGAGAUUUAGCACGAGCUAAGAAUCAGAAAAAACAAGCCGAAUUAGCCAAGAAGAAAAGUAGCACCGAUAAAAAUGGAAUGACAUUUGAGCAACGCAAACACAGGGAUGCCGAGCUGAUGCGUGAAAAACAAAGAAAAAAAGAGCAAGAAGCUGCCGCAGCCUCUAGUAACAGUUAAUUCAACAAAACACAAAUAUUUUCAAGAAGAAUGCUUGUGAAAAAAAAAUAGAACUAACAAA